GUACCUGGUUGCAACUUAUUUGAAUGGUAUUUGGAUGUUGAUGAGAAUGAGAAUUCUGAAGCAAACGAUCCUGAACAUUACCAUAGAAACAGAGUAGAUGCAGAAAAAGAUAAUUUUGUUAAAGCGACUGUUAAUAACGACGAUGAAACGGUCUUUGAUCAUGGAAAACUAAUUAGGAGCAGUAAUGGAAUAUUUGACGUAUGCCGUGAUGAAACUAACGUCGAAAAGGAUAAAAGUAAUGCAUAUAAUAGUCACCAAAAUGAACUGAACGUAGGGACAGAUGCACUAUUGGAUGUAGUUACAAAAAUGGAUACAAUUAUAAAAGACUUGGGUCAAAAGGAGCAAUAG